GAAUUUGGAUUCUUUUAUUUUCUCUUAAUCAGCUGGCAAGAUAAUAUCAAUAUCAUAAUGGUUCGGUACGGUCGAAUUCCUUCGUGGUCAUUUCCACAUAUUACUUCACGAUUACCUGAACAUUAUUAUCGUCACCGACAAGAAUUGACUAAACCAUCGGAACGUGUUCAUGAUCGUCCAGUGCCUACAGAUUUUCUUGAUUUUAAAUACAGUUCGGAACUUUCGAAACCCAUAAGAGUUCCUGAUGUUCCUAUAUCAGUGACCUAUCCAAAAGAAGCCGAUGCUGGAUUAUGGGGAGGUGAAGGCAUUGUCAAAGGUUAUGUAAAACCUAGAAAAUAUUUUCAAGCUGGUUGGCCACGACCAAAAUAUUGGUUUCCGAAUUUAAAAAAAGUCGUCAUGUAUAGUGAAAUUCUAGAUACUCAUUUUCAAAUUAUCUGUACGCGACGAACUCUCUCAUUAAUCGAUGAUUAUUAUGGAUUCGAUAACUAUAUACUUAGAUCAAAAGUACAUGAUCUUAAAUCACAGUUAGGUCUAGCUCUACGUCGUCAAAUGUUACUAAAAUUAGCUAAAAAAGAAUUUAAAGAUGAAAAUCAUGAACAACAAAUGUUAGAUAAAUAUGGUGAUUGUAUUAUACCGCUUGAAGAAGCUGAAUGGUUUGGUCUUACUGUACAACAGGCUGUAACAAGACAUAAAAAAUUAACCGCAAAAGAUAAUCAACCAAUUCCAUUGAAAUAUGAAUUGGCCAGAAAACUAUUAUAUGAUCUUGAACAUCCAACACCGGAAACAAGUGACCAAAAAGUACAUACAAAGGAUUCAUCAGGAUGGUUCGAUAAAAUUAAAUCCACAUUGGGCCUGAAUAAAUCAUCAUCUCCAUGA